AUGGAGCUGAAGCACUAUGUUUCCUUACUCGUCGGCUUGCAAGCCGUCGGCUUGGGGGCCGCCUAUUACUGCCCGACGGAAUGCACGUGCUCCAAAACUUCCCAAGUGGAAUGCACUGGAGCCAGAAUUAUACAAGUGCCCUCCCCUCUGCCAUGGAAUGCCAUGAGCCUGCAGAUUCUCAACACGCACAUCACCGAGCUGACAGAGUCUCCUUUCCUGAACAUCUCGGCCCUCAUCGCCCUGCGGAUCGAGAAGAACGAGCUGUCGCAGAUCACGCCGGGGGCCUUCCGCAACCUGGGCUCUCUGAGGUAUCUCAGCCUCUCCAACAACAAGCUCCAGAUGCUCCCCAACGGCCUCUUCCAAAACCUGGGGAACCUGGAGUCCCUCCUGCUCUCGAGCAACCAGCUCCUGCAGAUCCACCCCUCCCAGUUUUCUCAUUUUAGCAACCUCAAGGAGCUCCAGCUCCACGGCAACAACCUGGAGUACAUUCCCGACGGGGUCUUCGACCACUGCGGGGGGCUCACCAAGCUGAACCUGGGGAAGAACAGCCUCUCUCAACUGUCCCCCAGGGUCUUCCAGCGACUGGGGAAGCUCCAGGUCCUCCGCUUGUACGAGAACAGGAUCGCCGAGAUCCCCAUGGGGACGUUCGAUGGGCUGGGAGACCUCCAGGAGCUGGCGCUCCAGCAGAAUCAGAUCGGGCAGCUCUCCCCCGGCCUCUUCCACAACAACCGGAACUUACAAAAGCUCUAUCUGUCCAACAACCAAAUCUCCUCCCUACCCCAGGGCAUCUUCCUGCACCUCCCGGAACUCAACAGGCUGACCCUCUUUGGGAACUCCCUGAAGGAGAUCGGGCCGGGGGUGUUCGGGCCCAUGCACAACCUCCGGGAGCUGUGGCUGUACGACAACCACAUCUCGUCCAUCCCGGACAACGCCUUCAGCAGCCUGUCCCAGCUGCAGGUGCUGAUCCUCAGCCGGAACCAGAUCAGCUUCAUCUCGCCGGGGGCCUUCAACGGCCUGUUGGAGCUCCGGGAGCUCUCCCUCCACACCAAUGCGCUCCAGAAUCUGGACGGCAACGUCUUCCGCGUGUUGACCAACCUUCAGAACAUCUCCCUGCAGAACAACAGGCUGCGGGCCCUGCCCGGGAACCUGUUCGCAAAUAUCAACGGCCUCCUGACCCUCCAGCUGCAGAACAACCAGUUGGAGAACCUCCCCGUAGGCAUGUUCAACCACCUGGGCCACCUGACUGAAAUCCGGUUGUACGACAACCCCUGGAGGUGCGACUCGGGCAUCAUUCCUCUGAGGAACUGGCUCGUGGUCAACAGGCUCAGGCUGGGGACCGAAGACCUCCCGGUCUGCUACAGCCCAGCUACCUCCAGGGGCCAGUCCAUCAUCGUCAUCAACGUGGAGAUGGUCGUGCCCAGCGUCCCCGGCGGCCCGGACUUCACCAACGCGCCCACCUACCCCGACACGACGGCCGUCUCCUACACGACGGAGUUCACCACUGUUUUGGAUGGCGAGACGGACCUGACCACCAUCUACCCGACUGAGGAUCACAGGUCUGGGGGCAUGACCCAGGCUCAGAGCGGGAUGGCGAUUGCUGCCAUCGUCAUCGGGUGCAUUGCCCUGGCCUGCUCCUUGGCAGCCUGUAUCUUCUGCUGUUGCUGCAAGAAGAGGAGCCACGCCGUCCUGAUGCAAAUGAAGGGACCAAACGAAUGUUAGGAUGAGGAGCAGCGGCCCUAGAGCUGUUCUGCCAACAGGCACCUGAGGGGAACUCAGCAAUCUUCUACCCACCUCCAGAUCUUCCUCCUCCUCCUCCUUCUCCCUCCCUCCCUCCCUUUCUCUCUCUCUCUCUCUCUCUCACUCUUGGGCCACCUUUCAGGGCACGGAAAUCCAGUGGAUUGUUGUGUCCUAAACCCAUUCAGUCUGAGGGGCACAAAAAUGAAAGGGAUGGGCCUCCGAGAGUUCCUCUGAUCCUCUCCUCCACACAGUAGCUCAUCUGGCCACUCUCGGAUCACGUAGCUGGAGUUGUCAAAUGGGUCAAUCAAAAUGACACUUUGAAUGGGGUACAGUGGAGAAGAUUCAUUUCCCUGAUCUGCCCCAGGGCCCAGUUGGGUCCUGGGUUUUUAAUUCAGAAUGACUUUCCCCACUCAAUCUCUCUGUUCAAAAGGCUGGAUUAACAACCCAAUACAUUUGAUGAAAAUCCUUCUCCAUCAGGUAUCCCACACAAUUCCAAGUAUCACUUAAGGUUUCUGAUGUCCUGAGGGGCUGCAAUUUUGAUGCAGUUUUCACUCUUUGCUCCACAUAAAGCAACAGCCCGAUUGACCCCUCAUUUUCCAUGACAGAAGGCCGGUGAGUUUUCUGGUUUUGGAGAAACUGCUAUCGGUGCCAUCAAUGUUUGAAGUAUUUUUACCUCCCUCCUUUGACUUGGUCAGAAUGCUGGAAAAGAUUUAAAAAAAAGAAAUGUGGUUCCUGGAGACAAAACAAUUGCCAAUUUUCCUUUUCUAAUUUGCAUCCGGAAAAGAAAAAAUAAAACAGUGAAACUUUCUCCCCCUCUUUAUUUUUUUCCCAUUUAAAUCCAUUUAUUCUGUUCAAUUGAGAAUGUAAGUUGGUGCUCAAGGGUCUUUCAUCCUAACCCAGGACUAUUGUUUCUGGAUGCCA